CGUCGUCUUCCGUCCUCUCAGCCCCACCAAAAUGGACAGGGAUGCGGAUGAGUAAAUUCAGUUUGAAAAACACAACAAGCCAAUAGUGACGCCAAAACGUGAUUCAUUUAAUAACAACAAUAACAAUAAUAACAUUUAAACAAAUUACAAAAAAAAACAUCGUGAAAGUUAUUUUUAAAAAAUUAAUUUGUAAUAUUUUUUUUUUUUUUUUUUUUUUAUAACAAGUGUUUAUUUAUUUUUAUCAACAAGUUUUUUUUUUUUUUUUAUUUUGGUGAUUGCGUCGUUAUUGUUAAUAAACCAGGAUAAUUAUUUUUUUAUAAUUGUUAGUAAUUAUUAAUUUUUAUUAACCAUAAAAUUAUCAGUUUAAUUUUUUUAUGAUUUAUUUAUAUUUUUUUAAAAUUGAUAACAUAAAAUUAUACUAGCUUGAAUAACCUGGUUAUAAUUUUUGUGUAAUAUAUUUUAUUAAUUUGUAAAAUAUUUAUGAUUUAAUUUUAUUUGUUUAUUAAAAUAUAAAUAAUUAUUUCUCUUGUUGUCUUGUUGCCCUGCCCCUCGUCUGUCUUUGUCGUGGCUCCGCGUGUCUGUGUUUUUCCGCAGUCUCUCGCGGUCAACGGGCGUUACAUUCGCUCGUUUAUUUUUUUUAUUUAUUUAUUUUUUUUUUUUCUUAACAUUUUGUUGUUUAUUUAUUUUUUUAUUUCAUCUUAUUUGACCUCUCUCUUCUUGUUUAUUCCCACUCUCCCGGUGGAUAUUGAACUCUUUCGCGUGACAUACAAUUUAUUUAUUUAUCCAUCAAUUAUUAAUACCCGUUUGGUGUGGGAGGAUGGAAACCUUGCGUAAAGAGGUGAUGAUCAAUCAAUUUGUUCUGGCUGCUGGUUGUGCCAGGGAACAAGCUAAAACAUUGCUUCACAAUGCACAAUGGCAAUUUGAAGCUGCAUUGAGUACAUUUUUUCAAGAAGCAGCAAUACCUUCUUGUCAUCAAGGUGCACAUUUUAAUCAAAUAACACCUUGUAAUACUCCAGCAACACCUCCAAAUUUUCCAGAUGCACUUUUAGCAUUUUCAAAAAUGUCUGCAGGGGAUAAAACCCCAUUGGGUAUGUCACCAAGCCAAAAUGGACAAGCGACAAAUCCAUCAACAAUUCAACAUCAUAAUGCAAGAUGUAGCAGUAUUUCAAGUGGCACCCAACAACAAACUCAAAAUCAACAACAAUUUGCAUUUGGUGAACCACAGAGAUAAUGUGGGAUUAAAUUACUGAGUUUAAUUUAAAAUAAUAAUAAUAAUAAUCAUAUGUUUUUAAAGAUGAGAAAAAGCAUAGAGAGCAGUCAAAUAAGCUCAGAGUAUUUUUUUUUCUUUUUUUUUUUUUUUUUUUACCUUUUUAUCCUGAGCUAACUGAAAUUAUCAACGAUGAAAAAAUUAUUUAAAUGUUGUAUAUUUCAUUGAAAAAAAUUAUAUUAAUAUUAUUAAAUUUUUCCUCAUCAUUGGAAAAAUAAUUUGAUUAAUUUUUACGUGAUAAUUAUUAGUAACUCUUUUUUAGAUCCAUUUGUCGUGAAAAUUUUUCAUAUUAAUGGUUAAUAUUUUAUCAAUUAAUGGAUGGGAGAGAUCCUGAGGCUAAUUGUGAGCGAAAAAUAUAAAAAAAAAAUAUAACAUAAACCUCCUGGAAAUUUAAUGAGGUAUUUUGUGCAGGUUUUAUUUUUUAAUUUCUUUUAAAUAUAUUUUUUAACUUUCGUGAUUAUGUUCCUAAAAAAAAGAAAAAAACAGCGCUUCAAUAUUUAAAAAUAUUAAAAUAAUAAUUAACAUUGUUUAUAGGUUUAUAAAUAUUAUAUAUUUUUACAAUUUUUUUUUUCUUUUUCCUUGUGUGAAAAUCGUCGUUGCAAAAAACCGUCAGUCAAAUUUAAGUUUCAAUUAUGUCUAAUUAAUUAUUUAAUAAUGUUUAAAAAUAUAUAUAUUUUUUAUGUUUUAUUAUAAUUGGAAUUAUCACAACAAAAAAAAAAAAUUUCAUAUAUUAUUUUGAUACUUUUUAAAAGAUGUUAAUAACUAUUUUAAUUACGAAAUAUUAAUUUUGAUUGAUAAUAAAUAAUUUUAAUAAUAUUCAAUUUGAUAUAGUAUUCAAAGAUAAAAAAAACAUUCAAUUAAUUGCCUUUGGUCUAUAAAUUUAUACUAAAACUAACAACAAAAAAAACGUGGCAAAAAAAUUUCUACAAAUCCAAUUAUAUCUUGUUUUUUAACAACAAAAUAAAUUAAUUUAAAAAAAAAAAACGGUGAGCAAUAACGAUGUCCCUAUCAAUAGACUGUCAUUGGAGUUUAUUGUUUAGUUAUAAACAAUAAACUAAAAAAAUAAAACAGAGAUUAGAAACUGCGCCUAAAAAUAAAUAGCAGUUUUCAUUUUCAAGUUUGAUAAUGAUUUAUUAUUGAAUUAAUUUUUAUGCUCAUGAAUAAUUGUAAUAGAGCCUCUGAUUCUGUCCAACCGUUAUAAUAGCUAGAUGAUUAUAGAGUUGAUAAAUAAUUAAAUAUAUAAAUCAUGAUUAUUACAAUAUAUAAAAUACUGAAUUAAUUAUUUUUAGUCAUUCAUCAUAGUUAAAAAAGUUGUGGCAAAAAUAAUGCCUUCUUUUUUUUCUCUCAAGACAAAUACUAGUGUUGUAGCUAUAAUAAUCAGAGUGUGUAAAUAUAUCCACGUCAAAUACGACACAAUAUACAUAUAUAUAUAAAUAUAAAUAAAUAUGUGUAUAUAUAAAUUUGAAAAAAAAACAAACAAACAAAUCUACUCAUGAUGUUGUAAUCGCUUAUUAGCAUUACCCCGAUUCUAUAAAAUUAGUCAAGUAAUUAAUAAAACAUUACAAUUAUUGUUUAUUUUAUUAUAUAAGAAAAAUAUAAAAAAAAAAAAAAAAGAAACAAGAAAUGAUAUAAUAAUAAAACAAUUAUGUAAAUAAUUAUGACAAAAAGAUAAAUGAUUGAGAAAAAAAAAAUGAGAAAAAAAUGUUGAAAAUAAAUUAUUAAUAACGGUGCUUUAUAGAUAUUGAUUUUUAAAUUUUAUUUUAAUAUUAAAUAUAAUUUUAUUAAAUUGAUUUUAAUAUACAUUUUUCAUUUUAAUAGUUGAUUUUUUUUUUUAAAUAAAAAAUUUUAACUAAUAAUAAAUAAUAAUAAAUUUUAUCUAGUACAUAUAUUAAAUUUUUCACAAUAAAAUAAUAAAAUAUUUUCACUGGUA